GUCCCAUUAUGCAUGCUAUGCUAUGCUAUGCUAUGCCAACUUUCCUUUAACAAGGUAACACACUUUCUUCAUUAUCUUCUUAAACCAUAAAACAAUAACUAUGUCUUUGUCUUCGUCUUCUCUUUACUCUUCACUCACAUUGCCAAGAACCACCCACCAAGUUCUUUACACCAAACCCAAGUUCCUUUCUUCCAGAAACCCCUCUUUCUCAGGUGUUUCUUACUUUUCCUCAAACCCCCUUUUGUCAAAGCCCUUCUUUUUUGUGGCUAAGGCAUCAUCUGAGGUUGGGUCAGAAGCAUCAUCAGCCAAGAGUGAAGGAGAAGGAGAACAAGAAGACGAAGAGGAGGAGAAAUAUGAGGAGUAUGAAGUAGAGCUGGAGCAGCCAUAUGGAAUCAAAUUUGCAAAGGGAAGAGAUGGUGGCACUUACAUUGAUGCUAUUGCACCAGGUGGAGCUGCUGAUAGGGCUGGUGUCUUCACUGUUGGUGAUAAAGUUAUUGCCACCAGUGCAGUUUUUGGGACUGAAAUUUGGCCGGCCGCGGAGUAUGGAAGGACAAUGUACACAAUUCGCCAAAGAAUUGGCCCGUUGCUUAUGAAAAUGCAGAAGAGAUAUGGAAAGAUUGAUUAUGGUGGUGAAUUAACUGAGAAGGAGAUUAUCAGAGCUGAGAGGAACUCUGGUGUAAUCAGUAACAGAGUCAGGGAAAUUCAAAUGCAAAACUACAUGAGGAAAAAGGAACAGAAAGGGCGCAGAGAAAAUGAUUUGAGAGAAGGAUUACUGCUAUACAAGAACGGCAAAUAUGAGGAAGCGCUGGAGAAAUUCGAGUCUGUUUUGGGGUCUAAACCAGAACCCGAAGAAGCAGCAGUAGCAAGUUAUAAUGUAGCUUGUUGUUACUCUAAGCUAAACCAGAUUCAAGCUGCACUUUCUUCACUUGAAGAAGCAUUGAAUGCUGGAUUUGAAGACUUCAAGAGAAUCAGAAAUGAUCCUGACCUGGCCAAUGUAAGAGCAUCGGAGGAGUUCGAUCCACUCGUGAAAAGAUUCGAUGAAUCGUUUAUCAAUGAGAAUGCCAUCAAUGCCAUUAAAUCUCUUUUUGGCUUUGGUAAGAAAUAACCAAGUGUCUUAAAUUCUUGCCAUUACAAAAUGAUGGAUUCGGUAUUUGGAGCAAAGCAUAUAGUGGAGCUGACUAAGAUGUUGCUUUAAGAGCAAUAUGAUAUCUUUCACAUUUUUAUUUGCCGUGUAUAACUUCAUAGUAAACUACAGGUCUCUCUCUUUUCUUCUGCAAGUCAAUUUUUUCCCCAUAGCUUGGAUAUAUUGUAUUAUGUACUGUUAUAAUCAGGCCAAUGUGUAAGAAAUUUGUGAUCAAUAAAAUUGUCCUUCUCUGGAAUCAAUAA